AUGGCUGACGAGGCGGCUGACUGGCUUCAGGAUAAGGUGUUGGGUUGGAUAUCUGCACCUCCAACCAACAAGAUCGACACACAUCAUCAUUAUGUCCCAUCAUUUUAUAGUAAAGGGGACCCAAGCGGCUGGCCAACCCCAUCGUGGACGCCCUUGAGGUCAAAGCUGCUUAUGAAACGUCUCGGCGUGCAAACCUCUAUUCUCUCUGUCACAGCCCCGGGAGCCUGUAUCCUGCAAGGUCAAGAAUCGGUUGACAUGGCGCGGAAACUAAACGAAUACGGCGCGGAACUGCGUGACAAAGAGCCUAGAGCCUUUGGCUUUUUCGCCUCGCUUCCGAGUCUCCUCGAUACGAAAGCUGCACUUGCCGAAAUUGCGUAUUCUUUAGACACACUGCAUGCAGAUGGCAUUACAGUUUUCACUCGCUACGGCCCUGGUAAUGUGUAUCUCGGACAUGCUUCACUGGAACCGGUCUGGGCCGAGCUUAAUCGCCGCAAAUGUGUUAUUUUCGUACAUCCUACACACCCCGCGGACACGACCCCGGUGAACCCACUGCUCCCACAGCCUGCUAUCGACUACCCGCAUGAGACAACCCGAGCUGCCAUGGAUAUGAUCAUACAGGGUACGCGUCGUAAAUACCCAAACUGCAAGGUCAUUCUAUCACAUGCAGGUGGUGCCCUUCCAUACCUAGUGACGCGGGUGGCAACACCGAUGCGCAAGGCUCCAGACUUUGCGGUCUCGCACCGCAUGGGCACGACCUAUUCGCAAGUUAUGGAUGACUUCCGCAGCUUCCACUUUGACUUGGCGCUGUCGUCAACGCCAUCCGUGCUGGGUUUGGCGCUGAAAAUGAUACCGCAUGAUCAUAUUCUUUAUGGGAGUGACUUUCCCUAUGCCCCGGUUACCGCCUAUCCGGCAUUCUUAGAGGAUUUGGAGGGUUAUGAAAUGAGUCCCGAAUUGAGAGAUAAGAUCAAUUUCCGGAACGCGAUACAAUUGAUUCCCAGGUUAGAAAAGAAUGCCAGAUAUUGA